UUGAGUGAGGGCUCUUGGGUUAGUUCCUGUUAGGCCCCGGCUUGGGGAGUAGGUUGAAGUCUCCUAAGAUGCCCGGUGGGCUGGGACACCCGGAGCUGUGAAGAGGGCGUGAGGAGGCGGCGAGGGAAGACCCGCGGCAGGCCUACCCAAGAGCGGCGGCCGAGCCCGCCUUCCCUGCACCAUGCUUAUAGAGGAUGUGGAUGCCCUCAAGUCCUGGCUGGCCAAGUUACUGGAGCCUAUAUGUGAUGCUGACCCUUCGGCCUUAGCCAACUAUGUUGUAGCAUUGGUCAAGAAGGACAAACCUGAGAAAGAAUUGAAAGCCUUUUGUGCUGACCAACUUGAUGUCUUUUUACAAAAAGAAACUUCAGGUUUUGUGGAUAAACUAUUUGAAAGUCUCUAUACUAAGAACUACCUUCCGCCUUUGGAGCUAGUUAAGCCUGAGCCAAAACCACCAGUCCAAGAAAAAGAAGAAAUUAAAGAAGAGGUAUUUCAGGAGCCAGCAGAGGAAGAACGAGAUGGCAGGAAAAAGAAAUAUCCUAGUCCCCAGAAGACUCGUUCAGAAUCAAGUGAACGAAGGACACGAGAGAAAAAAAGAGAAGAUGGCAAGUGGAGAGACUAUGAUCGAUACUAUGAGCGAAGUGAAUUGUACCGUGAGAAGUAUGACUGGAGAAGAGGCAGGAGUAAGAGCCGGAGUAAGAGCCGAGGCCUGAGUCGAAGUCGAAGCCGGAGUAGGGGGCGCAGCAAAGACCGGGAUCCAAAUAGGAAUGUUGCAGAGCACAGGGAAAGAUCAAAGUUUAAGAGUGAAAGGAACGACUUGGAGAGUUCCUAUGUGCCUGUGUCUGCACCACCUCCAAACUCUUCUGAGCAGUAUUCCUCUGGGGCACAGUCUAUUCCCAGCACUGUUACUGUGAUCGCACCUGCGCACCACUCUGAAAACACAACUGAGAGUUGGUCUAAUUACUAUAACAAUCAUAGCUCUUCCAAUUCUUUUGGUCGAAACCCACCACCAAAGAGGCGAUGCAGAGAUUACGAUGAAAGAGGAUUUUGUGUACUUGGUGACCUUUGUCAGUUUGAUCAUGGAAAUGAUCCCCUGGUUGUUGAUGAAGUUGCUCUGCCAAGCAUGAUUCCUUUCCCUCCACCUCCUCCUGGGCUUCCUCCACCACCACCUCCUGGAAUGUUAAUGCCUCCGAUGCCAGGCCCAGGCCCAGGCCCAGGCCCUGGCCCUGGCCCAGGCCCAGGUCCAGGUCCAGGUUCAGGUCCUGGCCACAGUAUGAGACUUCCUGUUCCCCAAGGACAUGGCCAGCCUCCGCCUUCUGUUGUGCUUCCCAUACCAAGACCACCUAUCACACAGUCAAGCUUGAUAAACAACCGUGACCAGCCUGGGACAAGUGCCGUGCCCAAUCUUGCACCAGUGGGAGCAAGACUACCUCCUCCUUUAUCCCAGAACCUCCUUUAUACAGUAUCAGAACGACAGCCCAUGUACUCUCGUGAACAUGGUGCUGCUGCAUCUGAGCGACUUCAGUUGGGGACACCGCCUCCUCUGUUGGCAGCUCGUUUGGUGCCACCUCGAAACCUCAUGGGAUCCUCCAUUGGGUACCAUACCUCAGUCUCCAGCCCCACCCCUCUGGUCCCAGAUACAUAUGAACCAGAUGGUUAUAAUCCAGAAGCUCCUAGUAUUACCAGUUCUGGUAGAUCUCAGUACAGACAGUUCUUUUCAAGAACACAGACACAGCGCCCAAACCUGAUUGGUCUAACAUCUGGAGAUAUGGAUGCAAAUCCAAGAGCUGCUAACAUUGUCAUCCAGACUGAACCACCAGUUCCUGUUUCAAUUAAUAGCAACAUAACCAGAGUAGUUCUUGAACCAGAUAGCCGAAAAAGAGCUAUGAGUGGUUUGGAAGGGCCACUCACAAAGAAACCUUGGCUGGGAAAGCAAGGGAAUAACAAUCAGAGUAAGCCAGGAUUCUUGAGAAAGAAUCAGUAUACAAACACCAAAUUAGAAGUCAAGAAAAUCCCUCAGGAAUUGAACAACAUCACCAAGCUCAAUGAACACUUCAGCAAAUUUGGAACUAUUGUUAACAUCCAGGUUGCUUUUAAGGGAGAUCCAGAAGCUGCCCUCAUCCAAUAUCUUACUAAUGAGGAGGCCAGGAAAGCCAUUUCCAGCACUGAAGCAGUUCUAAACAACCGAUUCAUUCGAGUCCUGUGGCAUAGGGAAAAUAAUGAGCAACCAGCACUGCAGUCCCCAACACAGCUGAUCCUGCAGCAACAGCAAACACUUAGUCAUCUGUCACAGCAGCACCAUCACCUGCCACAGCACCUUCAUCAGCAGCAGGUGCUGGUGGCCCAGUCUCCUCCUUCAACGGUACAUGGAGGUAUCCAGAAGAUGAUGAGCAAACCACAGACAUCGGGUACAUAUGUUCUUAACAAAGUUCCUGUGAAACAUCGUCUUGGACAUGCAGGUGGUAACCAGAGUGACGCAGCACACUUGUUGAAUCAGUCGAGUGGUGCUGGAGAGGAUUGCCAGAUGUUUUCAACUCCGGGCCAUCCAAAAAUGAUUUACAGCUCCUCAAACUUGAAGACACCUUCAAAACUUUGUUCAGGGUCCAAAUCUCACGAUGUUCAAGAAGUUCUUAAAAAGAAGCAGGAAGCAAUGAAACUACAACAAGAUAUGAGGAAAAAGAGGCAGGAAGUGUUAGAAAAACAAAUAGAAUGCCAAAAGAUGCUAAUAUCCAAGCUAGAAAAAAACAAAAACAUGAAACCAGAAGAGAGAGCAAAUAUAAUGAAGACUUUGAAAGAACUUGGAGAAAAGAUCUCACAAUUGAAGGAUGAAUUAAAAACAUCUUCUGCAGUCUCCACGCCAUCUAAAGUAAAGACAAAAACAGAGGCCCAGAAAGAACUAUUAGAUACUGAACUGGACCUUCACAAGAGGCUAUCCUCAGGAGAAGACACAACAGAGUUACGGAAAAAACUCAAUCAGUUACAGGUUGAGGCUGCACGAUUAGGUAUUUUACCUGUGGGUCGAGGAAAGACCAUGUCCUCUCAAGGUCGAGGAAGAGGCCGAGGCCGUGGAGGAAGGGGAAGGGGCUCACUGAAUCACAUGGUGGUGGACCACCGCCCCAAAGCACUAACAGUUGGGGGAUUCAUUGAGGAGGAAAAAGAUGAAUUACUUCAGCAUUUCUCAGCUGCAAACCAAGGGUCAAAAUUCAAAGACCGUCGGCUGCAAAUAUCGUGGCACAAGGCCAAGGUGCCUUCUGUAUCCACUGAGACUGAGGAGGAAGAAGUCAAGGAGGAGGAACCAGAAACCUCAGAUUUGUUUUUGCAUGAUGAUGACGAUGAAGAUGAAGAUGAAUAUGAGUCUCGUUCAUGGCGAAGAUGAAAUCUGAUGCGAGCUGUAUAAUUUUUAGGAAUAUUGUUUAGAAGAACAACUUUUUAAAAUUAUUUAAAGAAGUCAAUGAGCCAAAAAAAUUUUUUUUAUUUUUCUUUUCAACACAGUAGGUUUAGGGACAGCAAGUUUGCUAUUUAAACACAUCUCAUAACUGUUCAUGAUACUAAAACACCAAAGGCCUAGUGACUUUUACACAGUUGUGAAGAUCCACAGGAAUGACAUGGAUAAUCUCUAGAGCCUUAUCUUCCACACCACCUGUUUUUGUUGCUAUUGGUGUUGGAUUAUGAUGUAAAUGACAGGGUGUUCAGAAAUUUUAUUUUGGAUUAUAAUCUGCUGAUAAAAUUUCAUUAAAUGUCAAAAUCGCCUGAAUCUCUUAACUCUCAGCUAUUAUGGAUGGGUCGUCAGACAGUAAGAGAUAUUUGUAAUUAAAAUACCCUUUUGCUUUCAAGAGUUGUCUUGGAAGGAAAGUAAAUUUAUUUUAAUUUUUUUACUGUGGAGAAGCCCAAUUUGUAUUCAAUCUAAAUUGGGGGGGGGGGUGGAAUUUUUAUGUGCAGUAAGUAGUAAGUACUAUUUUAGUGUAAAUCAUAACAAACUCUGUGUUCUUAAAUGCUGUAAGGCAAUGGUAGCUAGCUCCGUGGUAUUUCCAUUCUGUCAUCAUAUUAACUCUCCUAGACUUCUCCUGUACUGAUCCUCAGUUUGCUUUGAAAUUAGUGAGCAUUGGUUUAGGUGGUCUUUUUUUUUUUUUUUAAACAUUCUCAGCGUGUAAAUGGCUUUCACCUAUUGCCCCUUUCUUGUCUCCGUUUUCUUUCUCCUGCCUUUUUAUUAAUAAGCCUGACUUACCCAUUAUUGAGAUAAGUGAUUCUUUUGGGACACCAAAAGUCAGUCCCCAAUAAAAAGUUUAAACCAGCACCUUGAUAAAUAAGUGAUGUUUUGAUGAGAAUAAUAGAAGGAUUUGUGGGGGAGAAAGAGUCACCAGCUUCUUUUUUUCUUUUUUAAAGCUUCAGUAUAGUUAAUAGUUACACAAAAGGGUUAAAAAGUGUCUGAAAUUCUUUUCCUAAAUUUAAACCAUGAUGGUGAGGUGACUGGGGUAGGGUGGGGUGGGAUGUAGUGGGGGGACAGGUAUGCUAGUAAUAAAUGGGAGUCAUAACUUGACUUUGAUCAGAUGACCUUAUAUUUUCAUAAUUUUGUAGCUUGUUGCUAUCCAUGAACAUAUGCAUCCUUCAGUAGACAGUUUCCUUCACUGUGUGCAUUUUUACUGUACACUGUAUAGAGUAUCUGUUAAGUAAAAUAUAUAUGUAAAUUUAUGUCCUUGUGUUCUGAAUGUUAGAUGGAAAAGCAGAGGAGCAACACUACACUGUAUUGACCCCGGGGAAAUAAGAUGGUUAAUGUACAUAGGAUGUCACUUUUUCAAGGAUAUACACAUCUAUGUUUUUAUAUAUGUGUGGUGUGAAAAUAUGAAACUUCCUGUUGGCUUCAGAAGGUUCUUGGUGAUCACUAUAUCAAGGAUUUUCUUUCCUGAGAUAAAGAGUGUUUCUCAAAAUAGAAGCUAUUCACUAAGAAACUUAAAACCAUCAGGACUCUAGAUUUACUUAGCUUAGAAGUUAAAUCCCACGUUUUGAUUAUCUUUUCUCUUCUGUAUGUUUUCCUGGAAUGAUGUGUCAAACCAGGAUCAUUUUUAUGUUCAUGUAAUUUUCCCUUCAUAAUAAUGAGGACUUCCUCUUUCUUGGCUAUUAUUAUAUUUCUGAUAACACUGAAGCUAAAAUAAGCUUAUAAAAGAAGGAAAACAUUACAAUGGGGUACCUAGAAUAAGCAAUCUUGCUCCUUCCUCCUCCAUCAUCUCUAAUGAAAUUUUCUUGAUGUCUGUGGCUCAGUCGGUAUAUAUUUUGAAAGAUUCAUUGUGGUGAAUAUUUUGAGUCCUGACAGUUUAAACGUGAUAGAGGGAACAAAGGAUUUAUAUAUUUUUUGUACAAAGUUUUUUCUUAAACUGUAUAAUUUUGUAAAUAAUUUGUUUGGUUUUUUUGUGUACUAAAACUACCAGCGUAUAGAUUUCAAUAAGAAUUGUUGUAUUUUUGUAUUUGGAAAUGGAAAAUUACAGUAAAUUAAUGGAACUGUAAGAAAAUUUUCAGUAGACUGACAGUUCAACAGAAUAAGAUUCCUUUUCAUAUGAUUUUUUAACCUCAAAAUUGACAUCUUAUUACACUCUCAGUACAGAGAGAGUUGAGGAUUUGUUUGACUUUUUAGUUAUGGGGGAGAGCAGAUGAAAGAGAAGGGUGUUAAAUUGAGGAAUAGAUAGAUACCUUUCCCAGUGAUUUGAAGGCCCUUUGUAUAAAACUUAGUUUGCAGUACACCUUAAAUAGGACCAAAAUACUUUAAGAUUUUUAAACAUGUUUGAAUCUUAAAAAUGAAUUUAAAAUAUGGGUUAAAUAUAAUGUUAGAAAAUUUAAGUUUAGCAUAAAAUAGUUGAACAUAUUUUUUUUCUUUAGGAUUUUUUACUCUCAUCCUCAAAUCCCCAAGCGUUAGAAUUUCCCUUAAAAGUAACUACCAUGACUUGUUUUCUUGGCAUCUUCAUUUACAGAAAUAACAUAUACCAUCUGAGGCAAAUUCUGUUCUUUUUAGUGUGUAUGACAUCUUUCUAAGUAGCUGAUGAGCAAUAACAACCACCAAUCUGCCUAGGUCACCCUGGUUUACUGAGCAGAUUGCUGCCCAAGCUGAAAAAGGUAACCCCAGGAAAUGCAGAAUUUCCCUCAAUUUCUUCAUGUUGUAACAUUGGAAAAACAUUAUCACUAGCUAAGAUGAUGAAUUGGAAAACAGUCUUGUUAGAGUGAAAAAAGUCCAUGGUGAUGGAUCAUUAUUUCAAAAAGAAGAAAAAAAUCAUGUGAAAAGGAAUAGUGGUUCCUCUUGAUGUAUAGUAUGCCUGUAUUAUAGUUUUUACAAAAUUGUGAACUUGUGUAAUAGUAUAAUAGGAGAUAUUGUUGAAUUUCUAACUGUUUAUACAUUUAAAUUCAUAUAUGUAAUGUUUGUUUUAUCGAUUACAAUCUGAAUUUCUAAGAAGCAUGUUGACUUUUGCAAUAAAGAUGCAAUAUGGAAUGGUUCACAAUUGAAAAAAAAGAAAAAAGAUACAAGUAUUACAAAUUUAAAAGAAUUUGGAAAAUUUAUGAACCAUUCCAAAAAUUAUAACAAUCACCAAAAGAGCUGUAAUUCUGGCUUGUUCUGGAAAGAAAGAAAAUGUGUGUGUAUGUGUGCUUGUGUGUGAGAGUGAGUGAGUAGUAGAUAUGCAUGUGUGUUUUAUGUUGGGUUCAUGUACAUGAGAGAGUGCCACUCAAUAUGAAUUUGCAUACUGAAUCACUGGCUAUUAAAAAUUUAGUAGAAUAACUCCCUCAAUAGGGUAGUCUUGAAAAGAGAAGGGUAUUAAAGUGUUACUUGUAAGUAACCUUUGAUAGCCAUAUUUGUUCAUGGGUGGGUCUUGGUAUCUCAGAUAUAAAGCACAAAAAAUGUUAUGAAAGCACUUAUUUUAAUAUUAUCUUGAGGAUAUUAAUUAAUUAAUAUGCCUACCAACAUAGGAAGAAUGUUUUCCUGAAGUAGAACAGAGAGAAGGGAAAUAACACCUUGAAGAGAUGACCUAAAGAUAUGUCAGUUGUAAUUGUGAUGAAUAUUCUUAACGAAUAAUGGGAGAAGGAAGUGGUCUUACACACUAAGGACCGGGUGUGUUGGGACCAGGGAAGUGUAUCACCUGGGCUCCUAUUUUCUUGUUUUAAGAAUUGCUUUUCUUAUAAAAUUCCCCAUCAAGUGAUUAUGCAUUGUCUAAGAAGAGUCAUUCUUUAAAGCUUAGUUUAUACAGGAAAAUACUAAAGAAUGGGAAUAGAUUUCAUUUUCAUUGUUUUGGAAUACACAGAAAUUUUAUCUGUAUUUUAUGAGUUAGUUAAAUGGCAAAUAAGCUCUGUGUGACCAUUUAUUUUGAAUAGAUGGUAAUUUAUCCUAUUUAUGUUUAUUAUUAACAUUAGUUCUGGGAGUUUUUUUGGGGGGCAAGCAUAAUUCUGAACAUAGUUAUAUCUGUUUAAUAGUAACAAAUCAAAUAUUUUACUGAAAUGAAGCUCUCAUGAACAGAAAUCAUUGGUUUUGUGUGGAGUUUAUACUGAUUUUUCUGAAGCCAAGGAUAAAUUUUGAAUCGUGACCACCAGUGUCCUAUCCAGCCUAGAUCUAAUUAUGUGACGGUAAACACAAGCUAGGAGUGCGUCUGCCAACACAUGGGAUCGUUUUAGGUGAGAGAGUCAGGGUUGCUUUAAACAAGUGGACCGAGAUUGUCUUGUAGGGCAGACCUGCCCUUUUUGUAUCAUUUUUAGUUUCAAUCACCUUCAUUUAUGCUGAAUUGAUUUUAUUGCCCAGUGAUCUUCUUUCUACAGGAUCAUCUACCAUUUGGCCCCUUACCUGGUUCUGCAAUCAACCUUAGGUUAACUAAACCAUCCCAGCAUUCUGAGAUAGGCAACUUGAUACAGGUGAAAUUAAGGUCAGAAUAGUAUUUGAUGAUUGCAAGAUAUUUGUAGUUUGAGGCUACUUUUUCCUUAGGCUUCUGCAUAUAGUUUGUUUUUGCCAGUGGAGGUCAUUAAGCGUGAUAAACGUUGUUAACUUUUUCUUUGUAUUUAUGUUCUCUUCCUUUUGUGAAAGAGGAGCAAGGGAAGAAGGCCCUAAUCUAGUAGCCUGUUAGAAACUAGAGUUCUACUACUUGGAUAUAGUGAUCCAUUAGUUCUUAGAAUAUUAGACUUGGGGUAAUUGUUUGGUACUUGAUUGUUCGAAAUUACUUGUUUGUCAGUCAAUUCUUUGUUGAGGAGUAGGGGUGUGGAAACAGCCUUUUAGUGGCCAUGUUUCUGUUGAUUAUAUUCUCAACGUUGCUUUGUACAAACCUCAUGAAAAUGAAUGUCUUGUUAACAGUUUUCUCUGAAGUCUUCGUGAUUCUGUCUCAGUUUGGCCCCAGACAGCUGUUAUGAGAUAGCGAUACGUUUCUCCCAAUUUUAAAUUAAAUUAAAUAAUAAGGGCUAAUAUAGAUCUUGCCAGAUUAAUUUGGUUUCUUGAGGGUGCUUUGGCUUCAAGAUUGAGGCUGCAAACAUGUUCAGUUUGAGUUCUUAGACCAAACACUGCCUAGUUAUCCGUGUAAACAUCUGAAUAAACUGUUGAGCUGUAGUUGCUGAACCACUCCACAAAAGGAGUAUUUAUUUACUGUAGGAUUCAAGUUUCUAACGUUUAGAGCCUGUAGGGGGCUCCAGAAGGCAAUAUUUAGUUGACCUUAGAGCAGCGACUGAAUCUCUCUUCACAGCAGCUCACAGUGAAAAACACCUUUUGCAUUGCCAUCCAGCAUUCACACACACUCCAAACCAAAGUUUACCAAACAAAACUCACCCUUACUAGCCAGUAUGCCCUGAUACUUUUUAUUCUAUUAAAAAUUCCUGUCACGGCUGACCAUUUGCCUUCAAAACUGCAGUUUGGAAACACUGGCCUGUGGAGUUGGAGGGUGAAUUGCAUUUUUUAAAUCACACUCUUUCUUGCUGUGACGUCAUCAAUGCCGUUUCAAAUAUAAAAUGAUAAACUUAUUUUCUGUGUUUUGUUUGGAAAAGUAGUGUGGAAUCUGAAGUCGACCUUUAGUCUAAGAUAUUGUCUACAAUGUCCUUAUUGAUUGACUACUUGGUGCUCUUGAACAUAAGAGUAUUUUAUAGUUUUUAAUUUUUAAAAUAGACAACUGUGAGUGGCUUUUUUAACUUGCGCCUGCAGUUCUAUAUUUUUGUCAUUAUUCGUCCUGGGAAGGGAAAGGGAUACUG